GGUGCUGUCAGGAUUACCCGGGUUGACCUGUGGCUGUCCCCUAGCACUUUGUAGAAUACAGAGCCUUAGAGAAGCAGUUCGCCUUGAAUCGAGGCAGGCAGCGUUCAGGGGUCAGCUCUCGAGGCUGACCCACCUUUCGCGUGUCCAGAGACUCUUUUAGGGAGGAGGCUUGGGGAGGAGAAGGAAUGCUGUUCUUCUGGAAGCAGGGAUCUUCCAGGAUAACAAAUAUUUCAAGUACGUAUAUUUGAGAAAAAGUCUGGGAAGGAUGGUGUGCUUCCUAUUCGGAACUGCUCCAAAUGUUAACUUCCUUUAUUUCUUGGAGAGUCUUUAUGUCCCGAGUGCUGGUUGCAUAGAGACGAAUGAAGCCCAAGAGGUCGAGGAUGGCUCGCUGGGAGUGGUCCUUGAAUUGCCCAACAGAUUGAGGGGGAAAUAGCAAGAAAAAAUGGGUUAGGAGGCUGACGCAUGAUGUUUCUGAGAAAAAUUCAACUUGGACAAGGAUGACAAAUGGACGUUACUGCGGCAGAGAAAGGAGAAUUGGAGUCUGAAACAGAAGACUCUUCAAUGAGCUACAUCCCCAGCCCUUUUUACUUUUUUGUAUGACUGUUACCCAGUCAUGCUUUCAAGUUGUGAUCCUCUGGCCUCAGCUUCCCAAAUAGGAUUUUUUAAAGGAAGAAUUGGUGAAAACACAGCAAAAGCUCUUGAGAUGACGGGGUGCAGCCCAGUGUUUGCAAUGCAACAUGUGGUGGGUGUACCCCAUAUACUGGUACGAAGAACCUUCCUUGGGAUGGACCUCCUCAUGACAAGGACUCUGUGCAGUCCAGGUCCCAGCCAGCCUAGAGAGAAGCAACCGGAAGCUACAGCCUUGGGGCUGUAUCACCGCCUCCCAAUGUUGGGACGAACACUGGGCCACACUGUUCGGCAUCAAGCAGCCUCUACUGCCAAGGCUUGGUGGGACAGAUACGAAGAGUUUGUGGGACUCAAUGAAGUCCGAGAGGCCCAGGGGAACGUGACCGAGGCAGAGAAAGUGUUCAUGGUGGCUCGUGGUCUUGUUCGAGAAGCUCGGGAGGAUUUAGAAGCUCAGCAGACUAAGCUGAAGGAGGUGAGGGAUCGCCUGGACCGAGUCUCCAGGGAGGACAACCAGUACCUGGAACUGGCUACUUUGGAACACAGGAUGCUACAGGAAGAGAAGAGGCUUCGAAUAGCUUAUCUGCGCGCAGAAGACUCAGAGCGAGAGAAGUUCUCUCUCUUCUCCGCAGCAGUGCGGGAGAGUCAUGAGAAAGAGCGGACGAGGGCUGAGAGGACCAAGAACUGGUCCCUUAUUGGGUCAGUUCUGGGAGCUCUGAUAGGCGUGGCUGGUUCCACCUAUGUUAACCGUGUCCGCCUACAAGAACUGAAGGCCUUACUCCUAGAAGCACAGAAAGGGCCUGUGAGUCUCCAGGAGGCCAUCCGUGAACAGGCUUCUAGCUAUUCCCUCCAACAGAAAGACCUCCAGGACCUUAUGAUGGAUCUGAGGGGCCUGGUGCAUGUUGGGCAGGGCCAGGACUCCGCAUCACCAACCGGUCCUUCUUCUACCCGAGGAAAAGACAUAGAUGGCCUUUCAGCCGCCAUGAAAGAGCAGCUCAGUCAUUCCCGGCAGGUCUAUUCCUGCCUGGAGGGUUUACGAGAGCAGCUUGAUGGCCUGGAAAAGACUUGCAGCCAAAUGGCUAGGGUGGUUCAGCUUGCAAAGGCUCCAGCACAUCCAGGCAUGGUGGAGCCAGUGGAUGGGGCCCUGCCCAGCUCCUUGCUGGAACACGGGAGUGUGAUCUUGGCCCUGUCAGAGAUGGAGCAGAGGCUAGAAGCCCAGGCUAACAGGAAUGCUAUCUCUAGCACUCUGGUCACCUGUGUGACUUUUAUGGCCACAUUGCCUCUGCUCUACAUGCUGUUCAAGACAAGUUAGCCCUGGGGUCCUUCUUCAAAGGGGCCUAAGGGUGAAUGUAGCUUUUGUUGGUGAUAGAAUGAAUCUUGAGGUACACACAACCUCAAGCCUGACUCCAUCUGAGGGGCUCACCAACAGGUUUAUUUUAUCUUGUAGGUAAUACCUAUUGACAUUAUCAAAACUUUGUGCAAAUGUCCAAUUAAAAUAUCUAAGAAUUUGUAUUAUUUAAAAAAA